ACAGUAAACACUUCUCAAAAAUAGUGGUGCUAUGGGUUUCCAUAGGAUGCUUGUGCAACUCACUUGGGCUGGUGUGAUAUUAUCAGACAUGGCAGCCCCAGCAACAGCAACAGCAACAGCAUUUCCAUCAGCCCUGCCUGACUGCCCCGACAAAUGUGGAGAAAUACAAAUUCCAUAUCCAUUUGGCUUAACUGAAGGUUGUUAUCUGAAAGGAAUUACAAGUUUUUUCAUCAAUUGUACACUCAAUUCGAGAGGAGAACCUCUGCCACUUACUGGAAAUGUCACUGUUACAAACAUUUCCAUUAUCCAAGGCCAGAUUGACAUCUUGAUGUAUAACGCCAUGGACUGUUACAAUGAGUUGGGUACGCGUUUGAGUUCCAAGUGGCAGUGGCAGCGAAGGCUCUAUAACCCAAUUUUCACAAUUUCUGAGACUCAAAACACGUUCGUGGCCGUUGGCUGUGACACUUACGCUUACCUUAAUGGGUUUCAGAACGAUCAACCCUUCUCCAUCGGCUGCCUAUCCAGAUGUCAAAACAUAAGCAAUGUAGUCAAAGGGAAAAAUGCUCCGGAAUUGGGUGUUGCCAGAUGCAGAUUCCUGGAGGAUUGAAAAAUAUUACUUUGGAAGCAUAUAGUUUUAAGAAACACAGUUUUGUCUUUGAUUUCAAUCCAUGCAGCUAUGCCUUUAUUAUCAGAGAAGACAAGUUCAAAUUCUCCCCAGCUUAUCUUACCACUCUGCAAAAUAAUAUAACCCUUCCGAUGGUUCUUGAUUGGACAAUUGGUAGUGAGAAGUGCGAUCUUUCUGGGAACAAAUCGAAUUACAUAUGUGGAGAGAAUAGCGAAUGUGUUAAUCCCAUGUACGGGUCUGGGUACCGUUGCGAGUGCAAGUACGGUUACCGUGGGAACCCAUACCUCAAAUAUGGUUGCCAAGAUAUUGACGAAUGUAAAGAGCACAAUAAUUGCACGAACAAACAAAGAUGUGUUAAUAAACCCGGGAGUUAUGAUUGUUUGUGCAAAAAAGGAUACCAUAUGGACAAACUCGAAAGGGAAUGUGUCCGCGAUCAACCAGCUAUUCCACCGUCUAGUCCAUCAACUGGUCAAUCAUCACUAGCAAUUUACCUCGCAGUUGGUAUUAGCCUUAUUAGCCUCUUAGUGCUGCUUCUGGGAUGUUCUUGGAUAUAUUGGGGAUUGAAAAGAAGAAAGCUCAUCAAACUCAAGGAAAAUUUCUUCCAACAAAAUGGUGGCUUACUAUUAAAACAACAACUCUCUAAUCAUCAAAAGUCUGUCGAGACAACUAGAAUCUUUACUACAGAAGAGCUCAAAAAGGCCACCAACAACUACGACGAAAGUAGAGUCCUUGGUCAAGGAGGCUAUGGAACUGUGUAUAGAGGAGUAUUAUUAGAUAACACAAUGGUUGCCAUAAAGAAGUCCAAAAUUGGUGAUCAGAGCCAAAUCGAGCAAUUCAUAAAUGAAAUGAUUGUGCUUACCCAAAUUAACCACAGGAACGUGGUUAAGCUAUUUGGUUGUUGUUUGGAAACAGAAGUUCCCUUACUAGUUUAUGAAUUCAUCACAAAUGGGACUCUUUCUAACCACAUUCAUGAUAAAGGCCUUUCAAUCUUACUUUCAUGGGAAAAACGUUUGAAAAUUGCAACAGAAACUGCAGGAGCACUUGCAUACUUGCAUUCAUCAGCUUCUAUGCCAAUUAUACACAGAGAUGUGAAAACUGCAAAUAUUCUAUUGGAUGAUAACUACACAGCAAAAGUGGCCGACUUUGGAGCUUCAAGGCUAGUUCCUCUUGAUCAAACAGAAUUGAACACUUUGGUGCAAGGAACUUUGGGGUACUUGGAUCCAGAAUACAUGCAAACUAGCCAACUAACAGAAAAAAGUGAUGUAUACAGUUUUGGUGUUGUUAUGGCAGAGCUGUUGACAGGUAAGAAGGCACUUUCUUUUGAUAGGCCAGAAAUUGAUAGAAAUCUAGCAAUAUCCUUUGUUUCUGCUAUAAAAGAGGAUCGCCUACUUCAAAUUCUUGAAAAUCACAUUGUCAAUGAGGGUAAUAUUGAACAACUAAAGGAAGUUGCUAAUCUUGCAAAAAGGUGCCUAAGUUUGAGAGGGGAGGAUAGGCCUUCUAUGAAAGAAGUGGCAGCAGAGCUAGAGAGAUUGAGAAUUAUGGGAAAACAUUCAUUGGGAAACAUUGAUGUCUAUACAAAAAAGACUGAGUACUUACUUAGUGCAACUAGUCACUCUUUCAAUGUUGAUGUUGACAUUGGUUGUUCUACUAGUACAACUGCUGAGUAUGAUAGCAUCAAAGGCCAAGAAUUGAAACCUGUGGAAGAUGGGAGAUAAUUACUUAGUCCUCGGUAAUAUAUUGGCAUCAAUUAAUAAUUGAAUUUGAUAUGGUAUUACAAUGGUCUAUGUAAUUUCGAAGUACUCAACUCAUAAAGUUGGAAGUUUUAAAGUUGUUUGGAAGUGUAGUAAUUUGUGUUUGUUUUGUGAGUUGUGUUUUGAGUCUUGACUAUUUGAAGUGUAGUAAUUAUGGGAGAGGUUGUAUGUUAAGGCUUGUUAUAUAUGUAUUAAUGGUAGAAAUGUUGGAGUCCUAAUCAAGUCUUUUGUAUUGAUUUUUUAAAUGGUUGUUAUCAUUUGGUUGAGCAUAGCUCUCAUUUAUCUA